AUGAUUAAACAAUUCAUUGUAUUUACAAUUGCAACACUUCUCAUUGCAACAGUUGCAGUUCAUGCAUCUGAUGACAAGGAAAAGAAGGAUUCUGCAAGUACUUCUGGUGGUGGUUACUAUGGUGGUGGUGGUGGUUAUGGAGGUGGUUAUGGUUAUGCUGUUCCACCAGUAGCUCCAAUUCCAUACUAUGGUGGAUAUGGUGGUGGUGCUUCUUCCAAUAAUUAUGGUAACAAUUAUGGUUACAAUGGUGGUGCUGGUCAAAAUUAUGGAGUUGCUGGAGGAAAUUACAAUCAAUAUGCUCAAAAUACUCAAGCUUACAGUAAUCAAAUUAAUGCAGUUAGCUCAAAUCCAUACUCAAGCUAUGGAAGCAAUUACGUUGGACCAACUAGCUAUGGUAAUAAUAAUGCUUACAGUAGUUACUACCCUGCUCCAUAUUAUGGUGGUUACGGAGGUUAUGGUGUCCCAUACUAUGGUGGUUACGGAGGUGGUUAUGGUUAUGGAGCUGUUCCAUAUUAUGGUGGUUAUGGAGGUGGUUAUGGAGGUGGUUAUGGUUAUGGUGCAGGAUAUGGAUAUGGUGGUGGUUGUGGUGGAUAUGGUGUUUGUUAA